UCAUGUGUUGUUUGUGCUCGCGCUCCAUAGUGUACACAGGGCGCGAACGGCAGAUUGGUAGCCCGCUAGGAGGAUCUACCGAUAAUAGAUCGGGUAAAUGUGGUCAUGUUGCAGUUGCUGGCAUUGAGUUCGGGGAGCAUUGGCUGGGAUACCUGCUUUUCAUGUGGCGGCCGACAGAAGCUCAACACUGAAAAGACUUAAGUGCGCCGCCUGAGACACAGUUCCCCUCAAACAAACAUGGGGUCUCAGUCUAAAAGCUUGAGGUAAAGUGACCUUAAAUCUCCUAUCUGAUGGCAAAUUUCGAGAACUACCAAGAAGGCAGAGCCGCAAUGUUGAUGCUGGAAACGCAACAGCGGGCAAUCGGGACUAAACCUGCAGCUGCAACGGCGAACGGCGACACUUCUGUCGGGGAACCCCCUUCCGUACUUGAUGUCGGCGGCGCUGCGUUUCAUCAACCGACUGAACAACAUCCACAGCAGCAACAGCACCUGGAAUCGCCGGCGAGGAAAGCAUCCGCGUCCUCUCUUAACCGGGCGCUUGAGGACUCUGCAGCGAGUAGCACACACACUACUACCUCAGCUUGCCCUGCUGUGAACACCGUGUCAGACGACAUUAGGAAGUGUGGCUAUCUGAGAAAGCAGAAACACGGCCAUAAGAGGUUUUUCGUCUUGCGGGCGUCGAGUCAUCUGGGGCCGAGCAGGCUGGAGUACUAUGACAGUGAGAAGAAAUUUCGAAACACUCUGCGCUCAAACGCCGCCGCCUCAGCUGGCGCCUCUCCCCCCAAAAGAGUGAUCUAUCUCUACCAGUGUUUCACUGUGAAUAAAAGGGCGGAUUCUAAGAAUAAGCAUCUCAUUGCUCUGUAUACUAAGGAUGAAUACUUUGCGAUUGUCGCUGAGAAUGAGCAGGAGCAGGAGGAGUGGUACCAGGCGCUCAGUGAGCUCAUGAGUGAGGGCAAGAAAGGCCACCUGGAUGCGGAUGAGAUUGACGAUGGGUACGGUACUGUGACCCCUGGGACUUACUUUAAGGAAGUGUGGCAGGUAAAUGUUAAACCGAAGGGCUUGGGCCAGAUAAAGAAUCUAUCCGGCGUUUAUAGGCUCUGUCUGUCUGCCAAGAGCAUUCACCUGGUGAAGCUGAACUCUGAGACACCUUGCGUGAACUUACAGCUGAUGAACAUCAGACGUUGCGGCCAUUCAGAGAGCUUCUUCUUCAUCGAGGUCGGCCGGUCUUCGUCUAUAGGACCUGGGGAGGUUUGGAUGCAGGUGGAUGAUUCUGUGGUGGCUCAGAACAUGCAUGAGACCAUUCUAGAGACCAUGAAGGCACUGAAGGCAUUUGCCGAGUUCAGGCCCAGAAGCAAAAGCCAGUCUUCUGGCACCAACCCGAUGGGUUUCAUCACCACGCGGCGACACUUGGGCAACCUCCCGCCCAGCCAGACGGGGCUCCAGCGGCGGUCUCGGACCGAAUCUGUGGUGGGCACGCCACCCAGCAGGAAGAGCAGUGGAACAAGUGGCUACCGCUUCCGCACCUCCAGCGAGGGAGAAAGCACAAUGAACCGCCCCUUUCGCUCUGUGACAGGUAGCCUUAUUCAUCUCAACACAGCCCGCGCUAACCUGAGCCGACAGGAAAGUAGCAGUGGGGCAGGGGCCCGCUAUAUUCGUGCCCCGCCAGGCUCCACUUAUCAUACUCGUUCUGCCUCGCUGCCAGUGUCACACUUUCCUUCUACCACCAGUCCGAUCAGCAUGUCCAGCAGCAGCGGCCAUGGCUCUGUGUCAGACACCAUCACUCGCCCCUCCAGCGCGUCCAUUUGUGGUUCCCCGAGUGAUGGAGGUUUUAACUCAUCUGAUGAGUACGGCUCCAGCCCCGGAGACUUCCGGUACUUCAGAGUGCGCAGCAAUACCCCUGACUCCCUGGGAAACACACCACCGAUCCGUGAGGAGCACUGCCUCAAUGACUAUAUGGCUAUGGGCUGGAAUCGUGACGUGUUUGGAACGAGUGCAGCUGAGGCCAUCAAAGAUGAGAGUGCAGAUGAAGAUUCACGAUCGGGGUCUUUAAGGAGGCGGACUCCCUCCUUCUCCAGGCAGGUUGGGGGCGCUAGUGCUGCUGGAGUUGCUGUUCAUCAGAAGAUGACCCAGACCACCUUCUCGCUGGACGAGGCUGUGGCUGAGAGUAGCUCUUGGGGUGGCAGUGUCCAGAUUGUCUCUACCUCCUCCUCCCUCUGCUCUGACUACAGCUCCAGUUCUGAACACAGCCAAGACCGGCCCCCUAGCCUACGGCCUGCAGACGCGCCUAAGGAUGAUGGGUACAUGCCCAUGAUGGCAGGUGUGCUGCCCUCCACUAAUGAUGCAGACUACAUGCCUAUGCAACCAAAUAUCCUCCUCUCUGCCUCUGCACAAGUCCAAAGUGCUGCUUUACAUGUUCCCCAGCACAUGGACUCUCAAGGCUAUAUGAUGAUGCUCCCAGGUAGAAGUGGGGCUACUGACUCUCCCGUCCCAUCCAGCCCUGACAUUAGCAGACGAGCAGAGGGACGAAGAGCCUCGGACCGCCAUGAGAAUGCAGAAUACAUGGAUAUGUCUCAGAGCAGCUCCACAGCUAAUGCUCAAAAGGUCUCUGCUGAGAAUUAUUAUGCCUUGACCACUCCUGGUGUCCCCAAGUCCUACAGUCCAUAUUUCUCCCUCCCUCGCUCAUACAAAGCUCCAUCCAGAGACCAUGCUGAGCAUGACGAUUACGUCCCAAUGAGUUCCCCAGCAAAACCGGUCUACAAUUCACCCACAGCCACCCCAGAUCGUAGUAGCAGGUGCCCACCUCCUGAGUCCUCUCAACAUAAUGGCUUCACAGACCGCCGUGCCGUUCGGCCGAACCGCCUUCCCCUUGGAAGGCGGAGUUUGCACGGCUCUCUGCGAGCAGCAGAAGUGCCAGUGCGUCCUUCCAGCCCUGGAGAAUACAUUAAUAUUGCAUUUGGAGAUCGGCCCACAUAUUCUGCCUGUUCGUUGUCUGCUGAAGGCUCCCCCUCAACCCAAAGCAUUAACCGAGAGCAGCGCAAGUCUCCGCUGCCACAGGAUUACAUGACUGUCGAGAUGGAUGGUCUUCCACCAAAAAGUCGGUCCCCACGGCCCUCCCUGGUGGCCCCCUGGAAUCCUCCUUCAUAUAUCCAGCCCUCCUCAUCCUCCCACUGCAGUGGGCUCACGGUGGGUAAGCCUGACGACUACACGGAAAUGUCUUUUGAGCCCGAGGAGGAGUCCAAGAGCCCUACAGCCAUGCUUGAACACCUGUAUGUUCUGGAGCAACACUUUUUCCCCUUCAGCCCCCCGACUGAGCUUAAGGUUGUCCGUGCUGACCCCCAGGGCAGGCGGAGACACAGCUCGGAGACCUUUGUCACAUCAUCAGGAGCGUCAGGUGGAAGUGGCCCGGACGCCAAUGGCACCGUGCCUGGCAAUAAUGGGGCUCAGCAGGUGGGCCGCAGCAAGGGUCAGAACUUUGACUGUGUUUGGACUGACGGCGUGACAUCUGGCAGUGAGGCAACACAUGGAAACUCCUCAGAUCGAGACAAUUCCCCCUCUGUGAGGUCUGCAAGGACUCUGCCUGUGGAACACCAGAAUGGCCUGAACUACAUCGCCCUAGACCUGAGAGACGAUCUCCGGCCUGGGAACAGUCAUGAUGCGCUUCCCUUGCCAUCCUCCAGCGCUCCUCCCCCAGAGAACGGUGCCUAUGCCAGCAUAGAUUUAAUGACGUCUGAGGGGCUUACAUCGGCAUCUAAAGACUAAGGACUGUCCCAUGAAGCUCCUGCAGAGAUGCCGGAAACCAUGAGAGCCCUAGCACACAACCCUGUGGCACAACAAAAGGAUCCUUUUUGUUUUAAUGGACUUCUAUGCUUGUUUUUAUUUGUUCAUGUGCUGUCUCCAGAGCGAAUCAAUGCGUUCUGUCUUGUAUGAGUUCAGUGCUUUAUUGUGAUUUUAUUCGCUGCAAAAAAAGGGAGGUUCAUCAUAUGAAGACACCAUAAUCCAAAAGUCUUGUUUGGGCAGGUACAUGCUGUUUACAAGCAUCACACGUAUGUACAAAUUGUAUUUAUUUCCCAGAAAGAUUUCAGGUGCAAUUACAGAUUUUAGUGUUUAUGUUUACUGUUUGCUUAACAGAGAGAGCAUAUAUUGGUA